AUGUCGUCGGAAAACAACAAUGUCUGGCAAUUGCCGGAGCCGGAAGUGAAACCGUUUCCAGAGGAAGAGCAUUUGAUGUACUCCACUGAGACUUCCGAACAGGACCCGUUUCCUAAACGGUGGAAGCCAUCUUCUUCUGGAACGACUACUCAGUUGAGGUUUAAUAGCAAUGAACUUCCAAUACCACAAUAUCAGUACAACACACUUGAUGAACCAAGCCCAUUGGGCUUGCGGUUAAGGAAGAGUCCAUCAUUGUUGGAGCUAGCUCAAAAGAGGCUCAACCAAGUCAAUAUUGAGAAGGGCAAUUCGUCCAUGGAAGAUCUUGAAGCAAGAACCAGAAGAGAUUCAAGGGAUAGGUCAAAAGCCCAGGCCUCAAGUUCCCCUGAUAAGUUGAAGGCUUCUCAUUUUCCAGCAUUACUUUUAAGGAUCGGGCAUUGGGAGUAUGUGUCAAAACAUGAAGGUGAUCUAGUGGCCAAGUGUUACUUUUCAAAGCAUAAGCUUGUGUGGGAAGUUCUUGAUAAUGGAUUAAAGAAAAAACUUGAAAUUAGUUGGGCGGAUAUCUUCGCUAUCAACGCAAACUAUGAAGCCGGUGGGCUUGGAACUUUGACUAUUGUGCUUAAUAAACCACCACUUUUCUUCAAAGAAAUCAACCCGCAGCCUAGAAAACACACACAAUGGAGGGCAACUUCAGAUUUUACGAAUGGUGAAGCGAACAUAAAUAGGCAACAUUUUCUACAAUGUGCACAAGGCGUACUUGACAAGCAUUUUGAAAAGUUGAUUCAGUGUGAUGCACGACUCAACAUUCUGAGUCAACAACCAGGCAUAGUUUUAGACUUCCCAUAUUUCCCUCCAAGACCUUCCAUUAAUUAUCAAGAUAUACCAGCCACUAACAUCUUUAACUUCCCAGAAAUCGAUACUAUUCCACAUAUGGCUUCAUCUACAAAUGUGGGAUCGAGUUCUUUAGGUUUGAUUCAUCAAGAAAUGUCUAGAGAAGUUUACUCUUCCAGUUCAGGUAUGUCUAUGGAUAUUGAUGGGCAAAAUCCAAAUGAUAUGUUUGAGAACAUUUCACAGAUGCUACUCAGCGACAACAAUGUAGCAGGAGAUUCAGAUGAAGAGACUCUCACAUCAAGAAUCAAUUCCCUAUGUGGCUUUCUUCAAGAUUAUCAAGGUGGUCAACAAGAUGGAAAUGUCUUUUUUGCCCCUGAUCCUAAUCUAAUCCCACAGCAAGACCUAAAUGACUUUUCCACCUUUGAUCCAAAUCUAAUCCCGCAACAAUACGGAAAUGACUAUUCUACCUUUGAUCCUAAUAUGUUCAUGCAACAAUUCGAAAAUGACGAGUCUACCCUUGAUCCUAAUCUGAUCAUGCAACAAUACAUAAAUGACGGUUCUGUCCUUGAUCCUGAUCUAAUCCUGCAGAAGGAUAUGAAUGAUGGUUCUACCUUUGAUCCCAAUCUGAUCCCCAUGCAAGGCCAAUAUGACGGUUCUACCCUUGGUGCCAACUGGAUCCCUGAGACUAUGACUCGAGAAGAUGGUAGUAGUAGCAUGAAUGCAAAGCUUCCUCAGGAGUAUCCAAAUGCUCAGCAAGAUGGAAAUGACGGUUCUACCCCUGAGAACAAUUCUGGAUCUAAUGAAGAAUUGGGUAUAUCAAGAACGGACUCGUUUUCUGAAUUGGUGCAACAGCUUCCCAGGAUCACGUCGCUUCCGAGGUUCUUGUUUGAGCUUUCAGAAAAUGGUGAGAUUUUGAAGUGA